AUGAAGGUACUUAUUCUGUGUGCUUUGGUCGCCGCUGCCCAAGCUGGCAUCAUCUACACUCCAGGUCUUCUUGGAACUGGAGCAAGUAUCCAGACCCGGAACCAAGAUGCUCUUGGCAACUACAACUUCGCCUACGAUGAGGGAUCUUUGACCGGCGGAAGCUUCCGGAGGGAAUCCGGUGAUGCCCUCGGCAAUGUCAAGAUCGGAUCCUACGGACUGAGAACAGCUGAUGGCCGUGUCCGUACCGUCAACUACGUGGCUGAUGCCGCUGGAUUCCGUACCGACAUAGACUCCAACGAGCCCGGCGUGGAGGCAAAAGAUCCCGCUAAUACUUCGAUCAACAAGGCUCAGAAGAUAGCUCUUCCUCUAGCAACGACCCCUCUCGCUACAGCUCCUGCUGUUUCUCCCG